UGUUGCUGCAUGACGGCCCUGUCCGUGUGUGCUGUGCCCGCCACCUACAUGUCCGGUGUGUCGCAGGUGCAACAAGACGGCCGAAGAGGCGUCGUCUGUGCGUCAGCUGCUGCUGGGUGCCGGCACCCCGUCGUCUGCGUCCUGCGCGUCCAGCCCGGGCUCGACCAGCAGCGCGGAUCGAGGCUAUGGAUUGCCCUUCUGCAUGGACGAUGACCAGCUGACCGACACCUGCGACACCUCCCUGCCGGAAGCGGCGUUGACGUUCCACCUGGCGGACGGCGGCAGCCAGCGGCUGGUCGUAGAAGAGAAUCUGCGCUGCAUCGACUUGUGUCAUUUGCUCACGCUGCGGCUGAACGUGGCGCGGUCGCCGACUUGGACACUCGUCGAGAGGCUCGCCGAGCUCAGGAUCGAACGCAGCCUGGAAGAUCACGAGGAGGUUCUGCAGGUCUAUGCGUCUUGGGGCAGGAAUAAGGAGAAGGGCGGCAACCGUUUUUACUUUCGUCAGGACUUCAGGAAAUAUGAGUUCUUCAACUCUCCCCUGCAAUUUUUCUCGCUGGACAUGGUGGAUCUAGGAUCUCAGCUGGACUGCAUAGCGGAGUCAACGGACAUUGCAAGAUUGAUAACUCUUCAGAACCUCCUGAGCCAAGGCGACCACUGUCCUGUGGUCCACAGCUUGCUGUGGUACCGGGAACCCGGAAAGCAGUCCUGGAAGCGCUCGUGGUUCCACCUGGAAGGCACCGCAUUGUCCGUAACGUCUUCCGGACUCAAGGAAUCCUGGCAGCUGCAGCAGAUAGCUGACCUUUCUCAGUGGAACGUCUAUGCGCCUUUUGACAAGAACCUCAGUGGACCAACGGCUUUCCAGUUUUGCCUCAAGCCAACGCGAGUGGGUGGCGUCGGCAGCUCCGAUCUGAUGUGGUUUUGCAGCGACACGGAGCAACAGCGCCAGUGCUGGAUCAUUGCCCUCAGGCUUGCAAAGUUUGGCAAGAAGCUGCGGGAAAACUACAAGGAGGUGAAGUCCCGCUAUGGGGACCACACCUGGACGGCCGAGACGAGAGACCCCAUGUCCUCCCCGUGGGUGGCCAUGGACUUCACCGGGAACAAGGGGCGCGUCAUCGAGGACCCCCAGGAGGCCGAGGCCGUGGCUGCCGCAGAAGCCCACGGCUGGAAGAGGAAGCUCCCGUGCUGCCGGUCGGGCCAGGCAUCCCCCACAACAGGUGGCGGCCAGAGCCCACCCAGCUCCGGGGUUCCGCCGCCCGUGCCCGAGCUGGGGCUGCAGCACACGCAGCCGUGGUUCUACAGCGGCAUGUCCCGGGAGGAGGCGACGCAACUGCUUCUGCGGCACGGCACUGUGGACGGGGUCUUCCUGGUGCGCCAGAGCCUUAGCAAGCCCGGCACCUUCGUGCUCUCCUACGCCUUUCGUGGCACCGUCCACCAUGUCCAGAUUAUCUCGGUGGAGGAGAAGGACCAGCUGUGCUACUCCCUCGACUCCGGGCGCACCAAAUUCUACGACCUCCUGCAGCUGGUGGAGUUCUACCAGCUCAACCUGAGCUACCUGCCCACCAAGCUCACGCACUUCCUGGUGCACCAACCAAGGCGGAGAACCACGCCCCCGUGUUCUUCCACCCCCGGCUCGCUCGCUUAACGGCGGGCUCCCGCCCUAGAAGGACUCCCCCAAGUUACUCCCUUCUCGGUUACUCCCCUUCCUCCACUUUACUCCCCUUCCGGAGAAACGGCCCUUCAAGCUGUUUCGUCUGCUCCGAACAAGCCGCACGUUUCCCGGCGGGACUAGACCCUAAUUUACCACUAAUUUAUUGCAAUGCUGGACGGGAGAUGCGCGUGCGCGGCGGUGCGUGGUGGUGCGACAACUCUGCAGAGCCUCGAACCAGGACCCACUUCCGGCCUUCUCCGCGCUUGGGAAAGAGACCGUCUUCAUUGCCUUCGGUCGCAGUGCGACCACUGGACACGGUGAUGGACAGACAGACCGACUGAAUUGACUGCCAGCUCCCUGCCAGCGGUGUUCUUGAGUUCCCCUCCUUCCCUCCCUGUCUCGGUUUCGACGCUUCCCGUCGACCACUUGCUUUGCGACUUGUUCCCUUCGGUGCGCGUGGAUCGCGUCCCUUUUGUCUCCGUCAUGUUGGGUGGCUCGUGUAAAUUAUUUUAGGCAAGGUUUUGCGCUUUUAGAGAGGGCGAAAGGGGAGGGACGUGCAAAGGUCAAGCUGCCCAUAAAAAAAAACUGUCUUUUUUUUUUUUUAAUUUCUUUUCUGACCAAACUUUCUUCGAAGGCCGACCCAAACUUUGUCGGUCUUCCAAAAACUAAAUUUUAUUUAGGUUCCGGCAUAUGCACCCGGUAUGCCAAAUUGUUAUCGUUGUUCGGUGAUUUUCUUUGUGCUUGUCUAAUGAAUGUCCGUUUAUUUAUAUAUUUCUUUUUAUGGGGUAGUUUAUUAUUAUUAUUAUCAUUUUUUUUAGGACACGCCUUUUGAAUGGGUGUUUCACUGUCAUGGUCUGGGGGUUUCACUUUGUUGCCAACAUUGCGCCAUUGUUGAGAGGAAAAAAAAAAACAACAGCGGACCUCGCUUGUUUUUUGGGCAGCUUUUCAAGUGGUAAAGUUGCUCUCCGCACGUUACUUUGUUUAAUUCUCUUUUUUUUUUUUGUGUGUGUGUGUGUGUGUGUGUCUGCGCAUAUGCAAGUUUUCUCAGGAAACGCAAAACCUCGCUAACAUUCUUUUUGUGCGGGUAGCGUGCGUUCAUAUUAUUUAAGUGUGGCUGUACCCAGUAUACUGAUGCACCGCUCUCUCCCCAAAACCACCAUAUCAGUUAUUGUACAUUUCUUUGUGAAGGGCGACACUGUACAUAAAAGGCGCCGACUUGCAUAGUGUUGUUGCACUUUGUCGUCUGUUGGGGGGGACAGGCGGAAAGGAGAGAAGAAUACUAUGCACAGGUUUCUCUGUUUUUGAAGGUGACGUUUUUAAAUGUUUUUCUUCCCCCCCCCCCCCUUUUUUUUUCCUUUGCUGCUUUUUUGAGUGUUCCUAACACAGUACAGUUAUUACACCACCACACUGUACAUACACAUACAUUGUAACUGUGGUACCCAUGAGUCAUGUCCUUUUAGUUUGUAACUACAUAUUUUAUUUAACAAACUCUAGGUUCCAGAGAACAUGGUUAAUGAACAUGGUUAAUGUACAUAAGUUGUAGAGUGCUCCACACUCUGUCCUUUCUUUUAUUUUUUUUUUCCUUUGCCAGAGUAAAAUCACAUUUGGUCAGCUUCACUCGUCCUGUGUUAGCUGCAUUUGUUUGCUGAACUGUGCUUCGAUUAGUUGCCUUCGAGCAAUGACCUUGCGCCCGCUCAUGUGUAAUGCGGUUUAAGUGUCGUCUUCUGAUGUUCCGAGUGUAUGAAAGAGUGAAACCAAAUGUUCAGGAGCGAGUUUAUAGUCAUCACACCAGACACAACACAACAUAGAAGUUGAGACAUGCAGUUUUACACCGAAUAACCGUUAGUGUGCGACACUGUUGCGAGAAGUCCCUCCUUUUUUUCCUUUUAAGCCCGCAAUGCGCCGUUUUGUUUGGAUUGGGAAGGCACCCUUUUGCGAGUCGAGGCGAGUUAACACCACACAAUGUCUUCCUAACUCGUGCCUCAGAUUUCGUCUCAUUGAUCUGUUGGAUAUAAAAUGCUCUUUUGUGUGGAGCCAGACGUGGAGUAUCUCAGCACUGCCGAGUUUGCUUUCAAGAAGCUUGUCGCUCUGUCGGUUCUUUUUGUUCGGUAGGCAGUUCUUGCAUUGUUUAGGACCCGGGGGGCUUCUAGAACCCACUUAAGUGGAACCCUUCUGGGUGUAGUAGUGCCCUCCGUUGGUUUGUUUUUGGACCCAUAGCAUUUAUAUAGAUGAGCGUGGGAGCAAUGCGUCUGAGGCUUUUGAGACUUCAAAGUACUCUCUUUACACUACAAGAGGCCUAUAGAUGGUUCGGGAAGUUGUGAAAAUUUUAAGAAGCCAUGAUUAUUGCAAUCUGGGGAGAAAAAGAAACGAAGACAACAUUUGGAUGGGAAGCACCUAUUUUAAUACGAGAAUCGCCAUCGCAACGUAGGACAAGUAGUGGGGAAAAAGGAAAUGAUGCAUCUAUUGCUUGUAAAGUCUAUAGUGUGUAGAUUUUACUUUUUAAUAAUUACUCUCCUUUCUGAAACUCUGAUGGACCUUUGAAAACAGGGGAUCGUCUGGUCUGCAUUUUUCAAGUGCACGGCGCUCGUCAAGAGAUUAACGAGAUCUUGUUUUGCAGGGUCACCGUUCAAAGGCCCCCCCUUUUUGAAACUGCCUACACUGCUCAAGUGAACUAGGGAGAGCUAUAAUGCCCUCACAGACAGCUCCAAAUAUUUUUCACUCAACUUCUGUUCAAAGUAUGUCUUUGUUCUUGCGAAUCAGUACAGGUGCAUAUUGGAGGCGUUUAUUUUGUUACUUGGCAAGUUGUAGCCUGUCUAGCCGCGUCAUAGGAGUGGCGAAGAAAGUCGAUGCUACGAAUCCUUGCGUCCACGACACUUGUGACUUAAUUAACCAAUCUUUUCUCUUUUUGUUUUUGAGCAAGCAUGUAUUUUAGAUAUGCUUAUGACCGUGUCGGGCAUCGAAAGACGCGUGCAAAAGCUGUUGAUACCGAACAUAAAAUGUGAGAGUAUGAAAAGACCAAAGGAGGCUGCAUUGAGUGAAGUUGCUUGACUCGUUAGUCCCACCUUGCGUCUGACAACUGAGUUUGUAGCUCGCAUAACCAACCCGGUGUAAGAUUGCUGUCUGCAGUUGGGAUGUAUGUAUAGAAUAUGUGAAAAACAGACCUGCACGCUCACUGCAACAGAGUCCGCAUUGCGUGUGUAUGUCAGAGAAAAUGAGGCGUUGUCAAGUGUCGGACCUUUUCCGCGGGAUUGAACUGUCGUGCUGUGUCACACUGGACGUUUCUAAGGCGUACCGUUUUUCGGCGGUGUAUGCAAUUGCUGGUUGCCCCUGACGUGCACAUUAUUUCCCUCAACGUAAUGUGUGAAUGCGACACCUCCUGCACUACUGUUUGGUAUGCCAGAAGCAUAAGCCACAAAUUUGGACACAGAAAAGAAGUCAACCUGUGCUUUUUUUAGACUAAAAGCUAAAUGACCCAAGGGUGGAAUCCACUGGUGAAUUUGGAGCGAUCUGAAAGGGCUCUCUGAGAUAGCGCUUUUACGGCACUAAAUGCCAGUUCAUGCUUGCAAGCACGUCGGAAUAGCGAGAAAACUGCACGGCGAAACUAGUUCAAACCUACCAAGUGAAAUUCCCAAGAUGCGUUUCGAAUGGACACCACACCUCUCUGGCAAGGGUGUUUGAUUCUUUGUGAUGUUGUGAGCCAGUGCUAGAAAAGACUUCUUGAUGUGACAGCCCCCUGUGUAUGCAUGUUGUGUGUAAUUUGAGGAUAGCAGCUGCUAUGGAAGUUUGAAGAAUCUGUGGAUGUACGAUUAUGUGUUUGAGUUUAGAGGCCAACCACCGGGAAUGGAGUUCUGCACCCAUUCGAGGGCGGGCAUCUUUAGAUCCAGGGUCAUGCAAAAGAAAACGUCUGAAUGCGAAAAAGAACGCUUUUCUGUGGAGUGCAUUUUUUACGUGCUCUGUGUUACGAAAGAUUAUUUAUUUUGACGUGUUGUUUGUAUGUUGCGUGUCACUAUUUGAUGCAAAGAGGAAAACCAAAAACGAAUGUGAGUCUAUGCAAUAAAAUUUGAGUAUUCACAUAUA